AUGUGUCCCCCCGCGAUCAUUGCCCCCUCCAUUCUGAGCGCCGACUUCGGCACCCUGGGCAGCGAAUGCUCAACCAAGAUCGCCCAGGGCGCCGACUGGUUGCACGUCGACAUCAUGGACGGCCACUUCGUUCCCAACAUCACCUUCGGGGCCCCUGUUGUUUCUGCGAUCCGAUCCCAUGUCGCCCGUCCCACGGAAGCUCACGGCAAGGGAACAUUUGACUGCCACAUGAUGAUUGCGGAGCCCCACAAAUGGGUCAAAGAGUUCCAAAAGGCCGGCUGCGACCUCUACUGCUUCCACUACGAAGCCGCCGUCUCCUCCGUCGCGGCCACCGAACCCGCCGACAAGACCACCACCCGCCACACCUCCCCCAAGGAGCUGAUCCGCUACAUCCACGAGCAAGGCAUGCAGGCCGGCAUCGCCAUCAAGCCCGAUACCCCCGUGGAUGUGCUCUGGGAGAUUCUGGAGACGGAGGAUGCGAAGGAGAAGCCCGAUAUGGUCCUCGUAAUGACCGUCCACCCGGGCUUCGGCGGCCAGAAGUUCAUGGCCUCGGAGCUGCCCAAGGUCAAGGCCCUGCGGGAACGCUAUCCGGACCUCAACAUCGAGGUCGACGGCGGGUUGGGCGUGGGCACGAUCGACCAGGCGGCCGAGGCGGGCGCCAAUGUCAUCGUCGCGGGGUCGGCGGUCUUCGGCGCCCAGGAUCCGGCCGACGUCAUCGAGAAGCUGCGCCAGGCGGUGAACAAGUAUAGGAAAGAAGAAGAGUAA